CCAUACUUGCCCUUCGUCCUUGACUGCUGGUUUUACAGGCAUAUUCAGCCAUGCUGUCUUUAUCUAGGUCUUUUGUAUCUGGCACUGUGUGUGUGCGGCCAUGCCUGGUGUUACGCCAACCUCACUUACAACUUGCUGCAUCUUUUUCUGGCUCGUCGUUUAAACCAGCAACUGCGCUGGAAGAGCGAGGGCAGCCUGGGCAGCAUCUCACUGCUUCUGGUAAGGUGCGGAAGGAGGUGCCCUUGCCAAGCCAGGAAAAAAAAGAGGGCGCAAUGCAAUAUGUGUUGACUACACUCGAUCAAGUUGCGAAUUGGGCGCGUCAGAGUUCACUCUGGCCCAUGACGUUCGGUCUCGCGUGCUGUGCUGUUGAAAUGAUGCAUUUAUCUACCCCAAGAUAUGAUCAGGAUCGCAUGGGAAUUAUCUUCAGAGCUUCCCCGAGACAGUCCGAUGUUAUGAUCGUUGCUGGAACCUUAACAAAUAAGAUGGCGCCUGCUCUUAGACAAGUCUACGAUCAGAUGCCUGAUCCUCGUUGGGUCGUCAGUAUGGGCAGCUGUGCAAAUGGUGGUGGGUAUUAUCAUUACAGCUAUUCGGUCGUCAGAGGUUGUGACCGGAUUGUGCCUGUUGACGUCUAUGUUCCCGGAUGCCCGCCUACCUCGGAAGCACUAAUGUACGGGAUCUUCCAGCUUCAAAAGAAGAUGAGACACACCAAGAUUACUCGUAUGUGGUACCGACGUUAGCUUGCUAUUGUGCAAAUGUCUAGCCAGAACCAAUUGACAAUAAAUACUACACUGGAAUUUGGCAUCAGACGCACUCUUGUCG